AUGGACACUCAACGAAAGCUCCAUCUACCUCUAGAAACCUUCGACACGGAUGCAGAAGCUUCUAACGAAGGAGAUUCCGUCGACAAUGUUGCAAGACUCAGGGCGAUAAAGAAUUUAAUGGAAUGUGGAGAAACUAUGGGACUCGUUAAUGAUGUAGAUUCUGAAUUGGAAAUAGAGAAUGUAAUUGAUGAGCUAGAGGUAUACAUUGUAAUGAAGGUGUCGCCACAAAAGAGCGUGCUGGUUAUGGAGCGGGUGGUCCAGACAAAGGCGGAAUGCGAUUGUUGCGCGAGUUUGUAUUGA